UUCUCUUCUACUUGCAUUUCACUUACAUUGUGAUUCUUCUACUCUCCGACCUCAUUGAAGCAUGGUGAGAGGGUAUUGACGUUCGGCAUCAUGUCACUUACACAAUAGACUCGGGAUUGCAAGGAGACAACAGGCUUCCACGGCGUUUGUCUGCCACUGUACAGCCUACAAUCUGCGUGCCACGCCAUCACCUUGUGCCUGGACUGACCGGUCCUACUUAUUCCUGGGUCUUCUGCAACUUGACCGGCUGUCCCUCCUAUCUUCUCCUCUUCACACCUACUUGCGAACCCUCUUCACACCACAAAAGGACAGCCAGAUUUUGCGUCUGCCAUAAUGGCAAGCUACGAAACCGAGCAUGCUGCUGAUGAGCCCAGCCACAAUCAGAACCAGCCUCGCAGGCCGGAUCUGUCCUCAUUCAUGAGCCUUCUCCACGAGAUCACCCCUGAUCGACCCGAGGAUCGAGCCCGAGAGCAUGCUGUUCCAGUUCCGGGCGAUGUCUCGGCGGCUUUUCGCUCGCUGGCCGAAGCCUUCCAAUUCAUGCAAAGAGACAAUGAUAACGCGGAUUCGGAUCUGCUUGGAAACAUGAUCGCAACUCUGAUGAGCUCGGCCGAACAUCCUCCUCGUGAAGUUAAAGGCGUCGACGAGGAGUACAUCGCAGAACUAGACCGAGUUGACAUCAAGAAGGUGAAGAAAGAUGCCGAUUGCCCAAUCUGUGGGAACGCAUUUGUGGAAGAUCCGCACCCUCUUUUGGUGAGGCUGCCGUGUCAUCCAAGUCAUAUAUUCGAUCUGGAAUGCAUCCGACCCUGGCUCUUGCUUAACGGUACAUGUCCGCUGGACAGGACUGACCUUGCUCAACGUGAGAGGGAUCGGAAACAAAAGCAUCUGGAAGAGAUCAAAAAGAAUGCUGCACCGGAGGAUGAGGAAGAAGAGUGGGAUGGAUUGUACGGAUGAAGAGCACGCGUGCGCCAUGAGCCUGUAGGUACCUCAGUGUUCACCAGCUGUUUGCCUCCUUCUGCAAGGCUGUUCAUCCAGAUUGGUUUGAUGCGGCACACCAUAUACAUAAAACCCGCCAU